AUGAUUAAUUAAAAUAAUUCUAAAACUCUUGUAUCAGUUAAUAUUAGUCAAACAAACAGGAGAGUUUAAUAAUUUGUUAAUUAAGAUUUAAAAAGAAUUUCAAGAAAGAGAAAGAAUUCUAACCUAAAAUAUCUUAAUGCAACUGAAAUAUCAAAAACAAUUUCAUCCUAAGAAUCAAUUUUCAAAGAAGAAAAUAAUAAUGAUGACAACAAAACCAUUAAUUAAAUAAUUGAGGAAGCUUAUUAAUUAAAAAGAAAACAAUUUAACUUAAAUUCUUCUUUAAAUAGCAGUAAAAUUUUACCAAAUGUUUAAACUUAACAAAAAUUACAAAAAUAAAUUCAAGAAAAAGACUAUUAUCAACUUUAAAAAUAAACAAGCAUUAGUAAAAUUCACUUAACUUAAAAUGAUGAUUCAAUUUUAAGCGAUACUAGUCAUAAAUUGAAAACACUUUCUAUUGUAUAACGUAAUCAAGCUAAAAUUAAAUUUUAAAAAAAUGAUCAUUCAAAACCUUCCCCUAAUUCGACUUUCAAAAGUAAAUUACCUUAAACUCAUUUAAAAAAUUAGAAAUAGGAAUAAAAUUUUCGAUUUCCUUUAAUUUGGUAAUAAUCAUCUAUUGCUAUACCUGAAUCUGAAAAAGCCAAAACUAAGGUUUGUUUCUAAAAAUUAAAUGAGUAAUUUGAAUAAUUGAAAAAUGAAAAAGUAUUGGAACCUUUCAUAAAGAAUCAAAAUUUAAAAGUAAAAUUAAUGACACAAUUAAUAAUUAGAAAUGAUAAACCAUAUUUUGUAGCUGAAAAUAAAGAUAAUAGUAAUUAUAUCUAUUAAUUUAGAAAAUCUUAUUGACAAUAUGAAAAAUGAGAAUACAAAUUCAUACAAGGACGAAUAUUUAAUAAUUAGUUCUGAAAAAAUUUUAGAAUAUAUAUGA